AUGUCCGCCCCGACACUCGCAGUCGUCGCCGCCGGUGCCAUGGGCGCUGCCGUCGCGCGCCGCUUUACCGUCGCGGGAUGCACUGUCCUCACAAAUCUUGAUGGCCGAUCCGCCGCAACGCGCGCUCGCGCGGUAGCCGCUGGCAUGCACGACGUACCACUCCCCGAGCUCGCUGCGCGCGCCGACUGGGUCUUAAGCAUCCUCCCACCAUCAGAAGCGCUCGCCUUCGCGACGCGCUACCGCGACGCACACGUGCGCGCUGAAUCAAAAAUCAGGAGCGCGAAAGUGGCAUUCGCGGAUUGCAACGCAGUGAGCCCCGAGACGGCGAAGAAGAUUGCUGUGCUGUUUGCGGGAAGCGGGAUCGGCUUCGUAGACGCGGGCAUCAUCGGUGGUCCGCCGCGGGAUGGAUAUGACCCGGUGUUCUAUGCAUCCGCAGAGCUUGAAGACGCGGAGCUGCUGGAAAGCUUCGCAGGCUUGAGCAAGUGGGGGCUUAAGGUCUCGCCGUUGACCGGAGAGGGUGUAGGCGUUGGCGAUGCAAGUGCACUCAAGAUGUCAUACGCGGGCAUCACGAAGGGGUUGACUGGCCUGUGCUCUACGAUGAUCCUGGCCGCGCACGCCUCAUCACCGGCCACCGCGCAAGCGCUGCUGAAUGAGCUGAACGCCUCACAGCCCGCCAUCUUGCAGCGCAUUACUCGAACUAUACCUGAUAUGCUUCCAAAAGCAUACCGCUGGGUAGGCGAGAUGAAAGAAAUCUCCGCCUUUGUGGGCGCUGGUGAAGGCGAGAUCCACCAGGGCCUUGCUCAUCUGUACGAGCGUGUGGAACGCUCGCUGAAGGAGGAGCAGGAGGGCGGUGGAGGACAGGAUGUCAAGGCGUUGCGAGGAUUUGUGGAUGACGCAAAGAAAGUGAUCGAGCGCUCUAAAUGA